AUGUAGCAAAACAUAGUGUUUGACAUCUCUCCAGAGAAUAGCUCAUCCUCAGACGAAGAUGAGUUCAUAAAAAUUGAUCAAUAAAACAGCUCAGUAAGAUAUAAAUGAAAUUCUUAUAGAUCUUAAGUGUAAGAGCUCCCAAUUUAUUUGACAGUGAUACACCUUAAUAGUUUCAAAAAAUCCCAGAAACAACACAUUCCAUGAGGAAACAGCACACAGUCACUUUUGAUACACAAAAUACAAGUGAAGGGGAAAGAAAAUAGUUGAAUAAAUGGAAUUUAUAAGAAAAAGAAAAUAGAAAUCGGAAUGCUUGUACAAAUACAACGGAGUUAACGGAAAAAGCAAGACCCAGUAGUAAAAGACACACUAAUGAAAGUGUUGAGUAUUUAUAAUAACAGAAAUCUUAUUAACAAUAGUAAAUUAAGUCUAAUUAAUGUAAGUAGUUGUUCUUAAUAAACAUGUAGACAAAAAAGCUUAAUAGCCAAAAAGAACCACUAAUGGAAACUAUUCAUCAAUUGAUAACUUUUAGAAUUAAUCUAUGGCACAAGAAUUAUUAGAGUUAGAUUUGCCUGCACUUAUUUCAUAACUUACAAAAAAAAGAAGAGUAAAUAAUAAUAAUUUUUAAAAUCAUAAUAAUAGUUUGUUUUACAGUUCAAAUACCAAGUAAUAUUUCUAUUGUAUAUGCUAGCUAGACCUUAAUUAACACAAAAACAGGGCUGCAUUGUUCGAUAAUCAUUUAAUAAGUAAAGUUCCUAAGAGGAAAUUCCUAUUGCCUAAUAAACUAGAGAAAGAUCGAUCACAAUGAUUCUGAGGCAACCUGGAAAAAUUGUCAAUUAAAAGUAGUUAAAAAGUAACAGCAUUGCUUUGAGAAAAUGAAGAUAUAUUAUUUUACUUUUAAUUAUUAUUAAUAUUUUUUUAAUUAAAUGAAAUGUCUUUUCUGUUAGCCGAUUCGGAAGACUUUAUAUGGCAAUAACUUUGAAGAAAUGCAGUUUAAAGGUAGACUGAAAUUAAAUUAAUUAUCAAGAAAGUAUCCUUACCAGAAAGGAUCACUAAUUCUCUUUAUAAUAAAUAUGCUGAAUCACAAAAUUACUAUUUUACCAAGGAUAUCAAUGAAAUCAUAUUGGACCAGCCAACAAAACCAAAUAUUGUGUUCAAAGUAAACACCUUUAAUAUUAAAAUUAGGACUUAGCCCUUUUGGAUGAGGAUGUUGAAUACAUGAAAAAAAUAUAUUAACCGCAUUGUUUAGAUAAUAAAUUGGAAGUCUUAACAGAAUUUUAUAAAGUAAAAAUUUAAAAAAGUUCAAGUUUCAUAAUGAUUUACCGAGAUGGGCUUUAUCCAGUUCUAUUGUAAAUAUCUUAAAUGAAUAUUACAACUAAAAAAGAAAACUUGAAUAUUACAAAAUUCAGAAGAUAAUAGAUGAGGAAAACAAAAAUAAUCCAGAAAAACCUCCAAAAGGCAUUGUUGGAGAUGAGCCGAUCUAAACUGAAAGCACUCCACCUUCUCACACCAUCGAAAGUGGAAUUAUUGUUGGAAACGUACUUGAUGAAUUACAAAAUACGCCUUCUUAUUCAAAACAUGAUUAGGAUAAGAUUGGUUGUAAAAUAAAUAACAACAAUAAUAUACACCAAUAGCUUUUAAAAAUUGAAAAAUUAAAAACCGAAAGACAAUAAGAUAAGAAUAAUAUAAUAAAAGAAUUCAAAUUAUCAUAACUUCUUACAAAUGAUAAAAUAAAAAAUAUUAAAUUACUAAUAACAUCCUAAAAAAGACAGUUAAAAAUUAUUCAUCCUGAUUAAUGUGGUUAAUUGGAUCUACCAAAACCAAAACUAAAACAUUAACAAAUUUUAGAAUAAUGUAAUUUAUAUAAAUUAACGAAGUACAUAAAAGAGUAAAUGAAAAGCUCUAAUUAAAGAAAAGAAUAUAAAUAUAGAAUAAAGAUCCGUCUAGAGAAAUAAAAAGCGUCCAUUUUGGGGAAGAUAAAAAAGAAAACUUUUUCAAAUCCCCCAGAAAUGUGAAAACUUAAUGUACAUCUAAGAUGACACCUAAGUCCAAUUGCAAAAUAGGCAAGACCCAAACUUUUCAUGAUAGUUCAUCGAGGUAAGAUUUAAAUUAUUAUGUGUAAGAAAGUUUAAUAACAACUUAUUAUCGACUAGGAACAUUGGAGCAAAGACUUGUCAUCAAAUAAGCAAUAAUAUCAAAUCAAAAAUGCAACCCAAACCUAUAUCAUUUAAAACUCUUACUACUCCAAGAUCUGUCUAAUAAAAGUUAUCAUAAUGA